AUGCACAUCACGAACAUCGGCGGAAGCCUCACGACCGCGGUGUGCCUCUCCCUGAUCGCGUGGUCCAUCCGCGUCCUUCGCGCGCAGCAAAAGGCGGACCAGAACAGGAGCAACCGCGGCGGCGCGCGCGCGGGCGGGCCGGGGGGCGCCUACCUCCCGUCGCUGAGGCAUCGAAGAGCGUACGCGCGGCUGUCGCCGACCGCGUUUUGGCUCCUGACGGACAGCAAGUCCGUGAAGUGCUUCAUCGUGGACGUCCGAAGCGCGGAGGAGGUGCGCGCCGCGGAGAGCUCCGGCUCCGGCGACGACGUCGUGAGCCGCCUCGAGCACUUCCGAGUCCCGGUGGACGACCUCGCGAGCGCGUUGAAACCCCGCGGCAAGUACGGCGGCGGAAAUGGCGUCGACGGAGGAUGGGCCGCGCGGUUCGGCGCGGCGCCGCCGAGCCCGCGCAGCACGAUCGUCUUCGUCAGCACGCACGGGCACUCCGCGUCGCAGGCGGCGUCGCUCGCGGUGUCCUUAGGGUUCCAGAGGUGCUGCGUCAUCGAGGGGGGGCUCGCGGCGGCGGCGCCGCUCGCGCCGCCGCCGCCGCGGUCGCCGUCGUGCGCUUCGCUGAGCGGCGACGACGUCGCGAACGGCUCCCUCGGCUCCCUCGUCGCCAACGGAUCAUCAAUCGGGGGCGGGCAGAGCGUUUCGUCGCUGACGUCGCCCGGGGGGAAGUCGCACUCGUCGCAGCAGUCGAGCCUGACGAGCCCGACCGGGUCGUCGUCGUCGUCGCGCGUGUCUCCGUCUGAGCUCCUAUCCAGGGACGCGCUCGGGCUGUUGCUCGAAUACGGCGCCGCGCAGGGCGAGCCGCUGAUGACCCUGAUCGACGUCCGGCGCCACGACGAGCGGUCGCUGUACGGAGGCAUCAGGUCCUCAUCGCAUCUCGCCGUGGAGCAGCUCCCGAAGGCGCUGCUCAUGUCGAACGAGGAGUGGGCGAGGACGUUUCACUUUCGAAAGCCCGGCGAGGACGACGUCGUCGUGUUGUACUCGCGCCGCAUGGAACGCGCGGUGUACGCGAAGCAGUUGCUCAACGACGCGGGGAUGCACCGGUGUUUAGUCCUCGCGGACGGGGUCGUGGGGUGGUGCGAGGGCGGCGCGGGCGCCGCCGAGGGGAUCGCGGCGUACAGGGGGUACCGAGAGGGGGAGACGCCGCCGGAGCCGGAGCGCGGGGACGCGGGCGACGGCGGCGGGGGGAUCGACCGAGGCGAGGCGGAGGCGGAGCUCGUGAGGAAGCGCGUGCUGCUGCCGUGA